AUGCUUCGGGAAGAUGACGGCACGAUACUGCAUCUACUGGUUGCUCUGCAUUUCUUUAGACUUGCGGUGGACGAGAUCCAGCUCCACAUGGAAAUGGAGCAGUGGGACUCGAGUUACAUCUACAAGAUCAUACUGGGCCAGUGCCAGAACGCUACGGAAAUCGCUCCUCAGACGCUGCUUCAACAAGCACAGACACUUUACGGUUUCAAGGACGAGUCAGUUGAGGACAUGCGAGCUGCAAUUCGACGCCUUCCUCAAUUACGCAAGGCGGAGCUCACGGUUUUAGCCAAGCAAACGCAUUUCAGUCGCUUGGAAAUGGAGCGACUGCAGGACGAGUUUACGUUCCUUCGUUAUCAAAGGAAAACGUGUGGUCGCUCCAAGCUGCGUGGGUUAAGGCAAAAGGAGCUGGAAAGUAUACUUGCACGAGAGUUUAACACAGCUCAUGCAUAUUUCAUCGCUGAGAAAAAAGCAGGACGUUCUGGGGGCGUGGAGACCCGGGAUCGUGUAGCCGUGUGUCUUGGCAUCUCAACCGCCACUGUUGCACGCGUCAUGGCGUUCUGGAACAAGAAUCCCGGCACCAAGUUCGACGAUCUGCGGGUAUAA